AUGCUCCUUCCCUGGGCCUUCUUAUCCUCCCUCUUCGUCCUGGGCCUCGCGGAACCCGCCCGACGCACAUACGACACCCACGAUUACUAUGUCUUGCGACACGACCCACUUUCGACAACCGGGGCGCCGCUAGUAGAAGCUCUGCAAACGCUCGGCGUUGAAUUGGUAGAACAAGCCGGCGAGUUGAAGGACCAUUGGCUCGUUAGAAGACUCAAACCUCCAGGACUCGUUACAAGAGACCAUUUCGAUCCUGUUCUGUCGACAUUCAAGAUGUUCCAAGCCCAGGCGAAUGCGCCGUUAGCCGUCCGUUCUCCGCAGAAUCAACUUGCUCGCCGAAUAACCGCGUCGGUCGAUUAUCUUUCUCUACAAACCCUUCGAAGACGCGCGAAACGUGCGCCACCUCCAAUACCCCCCCCUCCGCAACCGUCUUCACAAGAUGUCGCUGCCCGCUUCGGCAUUCAAGAUCCCUUGUUUCCCAAGCAAUGGCACCUCGUAAAUAAUGACUUUCCCGAACAUAUGAUGAAUGUGACAGGUGUUUGGGACAUGGGGUUCAAGGGGAAGGGAGUCAUAUCUUCACUUGUUGACGACGGGCUGGAGUAUGAAAGUGAAGAUUUGUCCCAAAAUUUCGACGCGGAGAAUUCUUUCGACUUCAACGACCACCAGAAGCUGCCAACACCGAAAAACUACGACGAUCAUCAUGGAACUCGGUGCGCUGGACAGGUCGCAGCUCAGAAGAACAAUGUAUGCGGUGUAGGAAUUGCAUAUGAAUCCAAAGUCGCUGGUGUUCGUAUUUUGUCUGGGCCCAUUUCCGAUGUCGACGAAGCUGCAGCGCUCAACUAUGGCUUCCAAAACGUCUCCAUAUACAGUUGCAGUUGGGGACCUCCAGACAACGGUCAGUCCAUGGAGGGUCCAAAUUACUUGAUCAAGAAAGCAGUUGUGAAUGGAAUCAACAAUGGCCGCGGCGGGAAAGGCUCCAUCUUUGUGUUCGCCAGUGGCAAUGGUGCUGGUCAUGGAGAUCAAUGCAAUUUCGACGGCUACACCAACAGUAUCUAUUCUAUCACCGUUUCUGCGGUCGACUACAAGGGUUUGCAUCCUUACUACUCCGAAACUUGUGCGGCAAAUAUGAUUGUCGCAUAUAGCUCAGGAAGCGGUCGGCACAUCGUCACCACGGAUAAGGGCAAAAAUGCGUGCGCGACCACGCACGGUGGGACUUCUGCUGCUGCACCGAAUGCUGUGGGAGUUUUCGCAUUGGCGCUACAAGUGAGACCGGACCUGACGUGGCGCGAUAUCCAGCAUCUAUGCGUUGAGACAGCGAGGAGGAUUAACCCUGAGGACCCAGACUGGGAAGACGCACCAAAUGACAAGAGAUACAGCUACAAGUACGGCUUUGGCGUGCUCGAUGCGUACCAUUAUGUGAAGGCUGCACAGACAUGGAAGCUCGUCAAGCCGCAGGCUUGGUAUCAAACGAAGGCGAUCCAGUUGAACAACGGCACUUAUCAUGGCAAUACCUACGAAGGAGGCGAGUUUAUUGUCCCUGGUGGUGUAGAGAGCAAGACGUUGAUCACGAAGGAAAUGUUGGAGGAGAACAACCUGGAAACUCUAGAGCACAUCAAUGUGAAAGUCUGGAUAAGUCACACGACUCGAGGAGAAGUCGAAGUCGAGCUUGUUAGUCCAAACGGUAUCAGGAGUAUUCUUGGUGGGGCGCGUGCAGGAGACCGGGAUUCUACUGGAUAUCCUGGAUGGACUUUUAUGACAGUGAAACAUUGGGGCGAAAAUCCUAUCGGACACUGGACACUCAAAGUCAAGGAUCAGAACAAACCGAACAGCAACGGCACCUUCAUCGGAUGGAACAUGAUUUUUUGGGGUUCUAGUAUUGAUCCUUCGAAAGCGUACAAGUUUGAAGUUCCUCUCGGCAAUGACGACUUCCCUCCAACUGAAAUUCCCGCCCGGCCUAUCAUUGUGGAACCAACCAGCACCACGAGUAAGCAACACGCCAAGCCCACAAAUCAUCUGCCAGGUGAUCAUGGCGUUGCGGCUGGCGAAAAGACGAAACCUGCUUUUCCGUCUUCAACGGUCGGUUCAACAUCGACGACCACAACCUUAGCCGAAACUUCAAGCCCAGCGACAAUCUCGGGCACACCAGAUAUUGGCUGGUUCUCUGAUAUGUCGAAGCUGGUCACAAGCCAGAAGUGGUUCUUCGUCGCGUUGGGCGCUGUAUCGUUGUUUGGUAUCGGGGUAGGGAUGUUCUUCCUCUGGAGACGUCGUAUGGCCCAAACCAGAGCAACGGACUAUGCACCACUGGAUGAUGAGAAUGGCCAUUCAAUGACGGCGCUGGGCACCUCAGUGUCUGGUCCUCGAACGACAAGGGAGUUGUACGAUGCGUUUGGGGAGGUGUCGGACGAUGAUGACGACGAGACGACAGCCCUUCGACAGCCGUUGGCGCGUUCUGGAGGGCUUGGUUUCCACUCUGGCUUCCUGGACGAUGAUGACCCGUCCACAACUACCGCGGGCAUGCCGUCUACAUAUCGUGACGAGCCAGACCACCAGGAAGAGCCGUCGCAUUCGCGUCUCAGAGAGACGCCGCGCGAUGACGAGAGUUCUUCCAGCCCACCUGGGAGUGUGGAUGGGAGCUGGGAACAUGCUUCACGAGAAUAA